GUAUGCCGACGCGAGUGAUGGAAAUGCAUCCAUUGUUCACAGUUCCGUACCGGUCACCGUUGGCUGGAUGAAAUGAUUCGACCACUAUCAGAAUUACUGUACGGCUUCAGAGUAAGUGACAGUAAAAAUAUGUAAGGGGACGAGUUCUAGGACGAAACUCCAGGGGUUAGCAAUCGAAAAGGACACACAUCCGUACACUGGGAUGUAGUGAAGCAAUUGUGCGGAAAAUAACACCGGCGACACAAGUACCCUCAAUACCAGAAACGGAAGAUAUGUUCCGAACCCAUACCGCGGGAACAGCGAGGAGAUGGCAAAACAAGUUUGCAGGUGACGGCGCACGGUGACUUUGAGAGGAGAAACACGCUGGCUAAGAUAGCCCCUGAAUGAAGGACGAAUUUGGAGUUACUAGACAAUUAAAAUAUUGUGUCGGUUUCCAGGAAGAACUCUCAGGUGAAUAGUUCGAGAGUUUGCACCGCCGCUUCCAGGGUAAACAUCUGGUUCACAAUGAAAAAAUAGUUUCCUAGUCGAAUCCUGCCAAAAGCCACUGAUUCGGUGGUCCAAACCACAGAAUCAAGAUCAGCCCACUUCGAUAUGUCGUAUCAUAAUCAACUUUUCAGCGUAUAGAAUUCCGCUUUGGGGCUCUGCGUCGCUCCAUUAGGUACACUAAGUUGAUUCGACGCGCCAGUGCAGCAGCAAAAAAUACCAGGACAUUGCUUAUAUUGACAAAGUAAACGCAUGAGGUGAAACUAGGGACGACUACUAUCGAAACCAAUGUCGUCGAAAACUGCUAAAAAGUGCGGCAUGAAGUCGUAUACUAUAAAGAUCGUUGCCAUUACAGAGAAAAAUAACUCGCCCUGAAGAGAGUCCCUGGUUCAGAAACGAUGAAACCUCUUUUUCGUGUUCCACGGACCUGAAGUUUGAAGAACGAGUAGUUGGCCUACUCACUCGUCAAAUAGGGGAAUCGGCUACGGUCGCAAGGAAUCAGGCCUUUCUCCUCUACCACUCGAGGAGCGAAAAUGGCUUUAGAAAAUGUUAUGAUUGCGAAAUGACUGAAUUACAGAUGUCUCAUUGACUCAAAAUCAUCAACCACUCAGCUUCUGGGCGUGUGCCAUAAACGACCUCCGCCGACGGAAAUUAUUAUCACCAUCAUCAGUAUACAUGAUAGCCUCAUGCGGAAAACACCACAGCUAUGGUGCCGUAAUAAAAAAAAGAAGAAAAGUGGAACAGGCAAGCCGGCGGUCACCAGUAACGGAUGGACAUGGUUCCAGAGAGCUAACAACGGGCUAUUGUGCCGCAACUCGUAUUGUACUGUUAGGGAAAAUAACCCAGCUAUUGAAAAGGACGCGCAUGCAAGCACAGAAGCUUCGCGAGAGUGGCGCCAUUAUUCAGCCCAUACCAACCAUCUGUGGCCUUAAUGCGUGAAGCGGUAGGCAAACUAGCAAAUUAAAAACGGCUAUGCUAAUGUUCACCGAUCACUACGUUAUGACGUACACAUAAAUCAGAUAAUCAAGCGGUCGACGCGCGUAUAACAAACCGAGCCGAAAGAUAAACAAAACGAGUUUUGUUACUCCGGGUGUUUUGCUAUGUAUGUCCUGAAAACCCACCACCUUACUCAGUGAAAUAAGCUGAGUGCAUGAAAUGAACAUGCAAUGAAUGAACAGAACCGAAACCCCGAUGGUAGAGACAUAUCAAUGGCGGAUCCAUUGGUGCCACAUAUCCAUUCGAACGAAUUCGCAAACGAAUACUACCGCCCAUGAAGACUUGAUACCAAUACUUUUUGGCCGCUGUCUAUGAAAAUGCCAGAUCCCCCUCACUUGCACGCUCUAUUACUAUUAUCAAUUGCCCACUGUUUUCGGUACACCUGAUAACAGAUAUCUGUGGCUCAUUCAUGCUACCUGGAACAGUCCAAGUCCUGUGGGAUAAAGAAGUGGUAACUAGCUACACGACUGCCUACAAGCCACAGCCUGAUCGUCAAGUAGAAGGUCCCAAUAGUAUUCUCUUGAAAAAUAUUUAGGCUUCGUGAAGCAGGAAUCUGCUAAUCUCGUAGAGAAACACCACUCUACCGAGUGAGUUUUGUCCUGUGCGACGUGCAACUAAUAGGUUUCCCGUGUCAGUCAGGUGUACGGUUACUGGUUCGACUUUAGUGAGGCGAAUGCGUUAGUCCUCAAAGUACAAACACAUGGUGGAGAGAUCUAGAUAUCACAAAACACAUCUCGCAGUCAGCAUCAGUAGCGCAUCUGCAGUCGUCUCCUAGUCAGACUGCCUGAGUGCGCUGAGUUAUAUGCGGAGUAAUGGUUGAUUAUGACGGGGGGCAGUAAAAACUGCGAAUGGUCGCGCCGCUGCCGCCUUUGCACGAUAGCCAGCUGUUUGUGAUGGUACGUUGUUGACAAGAUGUAGCCGCGUUUAUAACGUAUGGUUGUUUAAGGUGUAGUGACCUGGAGAUUCCCCUGUUUGGCUGCCGCAUGCUGCGUAAAAUAUUACAAAAUCACAAAAUUAUAUUUUCUCGAUGUACAUAGCAAAAUAGCCGCUCGCCUGUUUGAACGUUGCUCGCGUUUGUUUGAGUCAACAUAGCAUCCGCCUUCGAACGGCGCGACGCUCCUCGGCUCCGCGGCCAUCUUUGCUCUCCGCGCACGCGACCACACCUUCCCUAGCUAGCUAUCUUUCGGUGCCUUAUUUUUAGCACUAGAUAGCCUUUCGCCCACUUAAUAAAUUUUUCCUAGCGUUACGUUUGGUGUUCUCCACUCAUCGGAGGUUGGCCUUAUUUUCGCGUAUUGGUUUUAAAGCGUACCGAUCCCGCUUCGCGCUUUAUUGGUGACCCCGAAUUUUGGUCAUUAUCCGGUGAGUUUUCGCUAACCUUUCUUUUCAGAUUUGGCCACAUUUUUUCGCUAACCCGUCUGAUUUUCACUUUUCAUUUUCCGAUUUAAUCUUGCUGGCUCGCUAUUUUGCUCGCUAUGGAAACUGAUCGUGUAGAUUAUGACGUUCAGAUCGGCACAGUUACGCUUCCUAUCGCACCUUUUCGCGAGACUAAUCCUAAGUCUUGGUUUGGUCAGCUAGAAUCGCAAUUUUCUUUGCGUGGUAUUAGGUCCGAAAAGACCAAGUUCCACCUUGUCGUUUCCGCGCUUCCGCUAAAUGUCAUCGAUGACAUUGAUGACAUUCUAGAUCUUCCUGACGACCAAAAGACUUACGAUGCAGUCAAGACAGCUGUGCUGAGAAGAACAGGCUUAUCCGAUCGACAACGAGUUACGAAACUCCUCAACGAAACCGAUCUUGGCGAUCUUAAGCCGUCUCAGCUGCUUCGAAAAAUGCAGAGCCUAGCUAAACCCACUUCGAUAGAUGAUUCUUUUCUUCGGGAAAUGUGGUUGCAACGACUUCCGCGCGAGAUGCUACACAUCCUCUGCGCUAGUGAGGAUGCACCUUUAUCCAAACUGGCCGAUACAGCCGACCGAAUUUGGGAGUCGUACGGCCAGGUUUCGCAGGUCCACACGAAACCGGACAACGAUAUCGCUACGCUUAAAUCCCAGAUGGCAACGUUGACUCGACAAUUCGCAGACUUUUCGGCCUCCAGACAUAACCGCUGUAAAUGCUCUAGGAGCCGUUCGCGUUCACGUUCGAAGUCUCCUUCGCGAUCACCGAAUAGAAACGGUUACUGCUGGUACCACGAACGCUUCGGCCAGCAAGCUAAAUCAUGUCGCCCGCCCUGUUCCUUCAAACGACAGCAGCAGGGAAACGGGCAGACCAGCACGUAGGGGCGACGGACGUAGCUGGUCAACGCAGUCGCCUUUUCUUCGUCACCGAUCGUAGAACCGGAGUUCGCUAUCUCGUCGAUACUGGCGCAGAAGUCAGCGUUCUCCCGCGUGAUCCAAAUGACCCGACCGAAAAGGUGACUAGUUCAUUGCGCGCAGCUAACGGAACCAUUAUCCGCGUAUAUGGUCAACGCUCGCGCACGCUAAAUCUCAGCCUCCGACGCGCUUUCAAAUGGAUAUUCCUCGUUGCCGAUGUUCAAACGCCUAUCCUUGGUCUCGACUUCUUACGUCAUUACGACCUACUCGUCGACGUUAAGCGACACCGUCUAGUCGACCGUCUUACGAAUCUCGCAGUCAUUGGGACUUUGACCGACACCGCGUCAAUCAGUCCCGUGUACGCGACUCAACUUACUUCACCCGUCGGGCAAACGCUGCUCGAUAGUUUUCCGCAGGUCUUCCGUCCUGCCGUCCCGUUGCCUUCCGCAACCGACGCCGCGACACAUCACAUCGUUACGAAAGGUCCGCCUGUGUUCGCAAAAGCCAGGCGCAUGACCCCCGACAAGCUCAAAAUUGCACGCUCCGAAUUCGAGCACAUGUUAGACUUAGGCAUUAUUCGCCCGUCUAAGAGCCCGUGGGCGUCGCCUCUACACAUGGUGCCUAAAAAGUCAGGAGACUGGCGUCCAUGUGGCGACUAUCGCGCUCUUAAUAACGCUACCGUCCCCGACCGCUAUCCCAUUCCGCACAUUCAGGACAUCACGGCUAGCCUACGUGGCGCCCGUGUGUUCUCGAAGAUCGAUCUGGUUCGCGCUUACCACCAGAUCCCUGUAGCCGAGGAUGACAUUCCGAAAACCGCAGUCAUCACGCCUUUCGGACUUUUCGAAUUCUUGCGAAUGCCCUUCGGUCUUCGUAACGCAGCUCAAACUUUUCAACGCUUCAUAGACUCUGUCACCAGAGGUCUCGACUUUGUUUAUCCUUAUAUAGACGACAUCUUAGUAGCUAGUUCUUCCGAAGAACAGCACGCGAAGCACCUCAAGAUGCUUUUCCAGAGGUUAGCUUCUAAUAGCAUUACGGUCAACGCUGACAAAUGCAUCUUUCAGCAACCAUCUAUCGAAUUUCUUGGUCAUCGAAUUGACCAGCAUGGCAUACGGCCGCUCGAAGACCGAGUCAUCGCUAUUAAGGACUUUCCCGUUCCGACUACUUUGGCCGCCAUCCGCCGUUUUAGUGGGAUGAGUAACUACUACCGUCGAUUUCUGCCACGUUGUGCCGACUUGCUCAGUCCAUUGACCGACUUACUUCGUGGACGCAAGAACGGCAAUGUCGAAUUGACGCCCGCUGCAACCGAAGCCUUCAAAGCCUGCAAAGAGGCCUUGGCCGAAGCCGUUAUGCUUCACCAUUUCGAGCCGAAGGCUCCACUCAGCGUUGCAGUCGAUGCAUCGGACACCGCCAUUGGCGCCGUCCUGCAGCAAUUCACUGAGGGAUGCUGGAAACCACUCGCUUUCUACUCCCGACGCUUACAACCGGCAGAAGCCAAGUACAGCACGUUCAGCCGCGAACUGAUGGCAGUUUAUUCUACCGUGCGACAUUUUAGGCACGUCUUAGAAGGUAAUUCGUUCGUUAUCUUCACCGAUCAUAAGCCGCUUAUUUACGCCUUUCGAAAUCAAUCAGCUCGACACUCACCACGUGAGGUUCGUCAGCUGGAUUUCGUGGCUCAAUUUUCUACUGACCUCCGACACAUUUCAGGUCAGAAUAACGUCGUUGCUGACGCUCUUUCGCGCGUCUCCGCAAUCCACACCGCUGGCCAGGCAAUCGACUUAUCUGCCAUGGCUACCGCGCAACUAAACGACACUGACUGUCAGAACGUGAAACAAGAUUCUUCGCUACAAAUCACACCGCAUCCACUACCGUCGUCUGAUGGCACAAUCUUGUGCGAUACUUCUACUGGACGACCUCGACCCGUCGUUCCAGAAACCUUUCGACGUCUAGUUUUCGACACACUUCAUAACAUCGCUCAUCCAGGCAUCCGAGCCACGAUCAAGCUCAUAUCCGAGAGAUACGUUUGGCCCGGAAUGCAACGCGAUCUUAAGCGCUGGGCACGCGGUUGUCUAACGUGUCAACAGGCCAAGAUACAGCGGCACGUGUCCGCUCCGCUUGGUCGUUUUCCGCAAGUCUCAGCUCGCUUCGCCCAUGUCCAUCUCGACAUAGUUGGACCCUUGGCACCAUCCAGAGGAAUGGUCUACAUUUUGACCAUGAUCGACCGAUACACCCGUUGGCCCGAGGCAGUACCUAUACCCGACGUAUCCGCGGACACCGUAACGCGCGCUUUUGUGGAGCGCUGGGUCGCUUCACAUGGCUGUCCAGCCACAGUGACUACCGACCGCGGUCCGCAGUUCGAAUCCUCGACAUUCAACGAUCUUCUCAAAGUCCUCGGAUGUCAACGCAUCCGGACUACCGCCUAUCACCCGCAAUCUAACGGCAUGGUAGAACGUUUCCACCGACAGCUGAAGGCCUCACUUAGUGCCGCUAAUGCACUAAGCUGGACCGAAGCACUGCCCAUGAUACUACUUGGUAUCCGAUCAGCUCUUAAAGCUGAUUUGCACACGUCCAGCGCCGAACUGGUAUAUGGACAACCUCUUCGACUACCUGGGGACUUCUUUUCUGAAAACCCUAGAACACCUCGCUACGACGCGAAUUACGCUCGGCAGUUAGCCACGAGCAUGCGCCAUAUCAAAGCAACCGACGUGCGAGAACAACGACGUAAAUCGUUCGUUCCACAAGAUCUACUGCAUUGCGCUUACGUUUUCCUUCGAGUCGAUGGUCUACGCAGACCACUCGAACGACCCUACGAAGGUCCAUUUAAGGUUCUUAAACGUAAGGACCGCGUAUUCGUUAUCGACCGCCACGGUAAACGUGAAACCGUCUCUAUCGACCGUCUCAAGGUUGCCCAUGUGGAACCUGAGAUCGACGAUGACUCCUGUCCACCUUCGGACGAGUCAACGCAGCAAAUGAUCGACGACACGCCUACUUCCGAUGCUACGAAGCAUUCUCCGACUAACCUUUCUGACUCAGUUCCUUACGCUUCUAUCGAGCCGAAAGCGUCCUCAUCCGACAAAACUGCUGGAUCGACAACGCCUCCGACCGAACGUCCGAAAUCGACUAGGUCAGGUAGGCGGGUUCAUUGGCCAGCGCGAUUAAAAGAUUAGUCUUCUUUUCAUUCUUCUUUUCCCGCUUCCUUUUUGCUUGUGGCCUAACCCGCCCAACAAAAACGUUUUGAAAACCCAAAAAUAUUUGCAAAGCGUUUUGAAAACCCCAAAAACCGCAAAGACGUUUUGAAAACCCAAAAAAGGAGAAAAUCGUUUUGAAAACACAAAAUGGUUCUCGCUUUAUUCGCUUAUCGCACUCGGUAAGUGCUAUCGCCUUUUGUUAGCUCUGUCGCUCGCACCUGUUUGACACUCCGCGUUUCCGCUUCUUUUUCAUAUCCCCGACACGCGGACGUUCAACGACAAUCGAACGUUACGUUUUCGGACACUACGUGCUCAAACAUCGUGUGCUUUGACACUACGCACUCGAACGCUACGAACAUUUCCCCCAUUUUGUGUUUUUGGCACCUGUAGGGAGGACACGGGUGGGAGCCCCCCUAGCGUCCGAUCGCAUUGGUUCUCCCCCAGCAGCUGCAUCAGGUUUCACCGCCUGGUCUCGCAGAAGGCUGGCCGGCGACGGACAGUCCUCACGUAGAUCGAAGGGUCACCUACGGUUCCCUUCUAAGAGGGGGGCUGUGUAGUGACCUAGAGAUUCCCCUGUUUGGCUGCCGCAUGCUGCGUAAAAUAUUACAAAAUCACAAAAUUAUAUUUUCUCGAUGUACAUAGCAAAAUAGCCGCUCGCCUGUUUGAACGUUGCUCGCGUUUGUUUGAGUCAACAUCGCAUCCGCCUUCGAACGGCGCGACGCUCCUCGGCUCCGCGGCCAUCUUUGUUCUCCGCGCACGCGACCACACCCUUCCCUAGCUAGCUAUCUUUCGGUGCCUUAUUUUUAGCACUAGAUAGCCUUUCGCCCACUUAAUAAAUUUUUCCUAGCGUU